AUGAGCAACAUAAACCGUCCACCACCGCCGCCGUGGAGGGAGUUAUCGGCGCGACCAGCUUCAAGCUUGAACAACCCGUUCGCUCAGCGUCCGGCACCGAACCCAUUCUCACAAGCCAAUUCGAGCGAGGCGGCGAACAACGAUCCAUUUACUGCGAUUAGGAAUCCACUGUUCGACCCAAACGCCAACCUGAACAUAGAACCUCAGCAACUGCGAUGGGAGCAGUUCUUAGCCUCUGAGCAAGGGCAAGGCACCGCGCACCAAAGACGCCAAGCAGCGGACGAAGCAGCAUCGACGCAUACUCUUCCCCGGUGGGCUUUUGAUAUUGACGCAGCGGCGGCUAGGGCAGAUCGCGUGGCUACGGCAGACCGCAAACGGCGGCACGCCGGCUCGUCGCCGGAACGGAGAGGCUAUCCACGUCCUCCUACUUACGGCGGUGUGACGGGGCGUAGACCCGCGGGCAUGAGCGCUGCGGAGGGCAGCGCGAGGAACCCGUUCGACCUCACUUCUUCUUCACCACCGCGUGCUCGGCCGCAGAUGCCACAGCGUACAAGCGGGAGCGGGGGUAGCGAGGUUAUGAGGGCUGCGCAGCAGGCUGGAAGAGCAGGUGGGCUGAGAAGCGGCACGAGGACACCGAGAGAAGAGGCGAGACGAGAGAGCGAUCAUGUGCUUCCGAAGUGGCAGCCAGAUGCGGAUGUGAGCAAGUGUCCGGUGUGUCAGACGGAAUUUCACUUCUUCUAUCGCAAACAUCAUUGCAGGAAGUGUGGGCGGGUGGUGUGUAAUGCGUGCUCGCCGCAUAGGAUCACUAUACCAAAGCAGUAUAUCGUGCAGCCGCCUUCUGGGUCGGAUGGAGAGGAGGCUGGGUCUACGUCUCCUGGUGGUCUAUUCGGCAGGAACAACUUGGGUGGUGGUGACGUGGUGCGAGUCUGCAACCCCUGCGUGCCGGACCCGUGGACGCCGGAUACUGCACCAAACCUCGAAGCACGGCACCCAGCAGAGCAGAACAACAGCAGGAGACGAGGCAGCGAGCAACCGGAACGCUACCGCAGCAUCCUCCCUCCCCUACCACCACUGCCUGAGAACAACGGCCGCACGCGAGCAAACACACACCAACCCGCCCCAACUCCCUUCAGUCGCAGCGUCCCCCAACAGCGUGCACCAAUCGCCCCCGAGGACCCACGUCUUCGACUCUACCGCCAUCGCCACUCCCAAAGCGGCUCCUCCAGCCACCCUGAAACCCUCGUCUUCGCCCCGCCAUCCUCCGCCAGACCCUCCAUGACCACCGCCCCCUCUGCUCCCCCACAACCCCGCCAACGCCGCGAGAUCCGCGAGGAAGACGAAUGCCCCGUCUGCGGCACCGAGCUCGCCCCCGGCGCCACCGCACGCGAACAGCACAUCCAAUCCUGCAUCGCGGAGCGCUUCUCCACUUCCGUCUCUUCCUCUUCCCUCCCCACCAACACGGCGUUCGCCGCCCCUACAGCGCAGCAACCGAGUCGGCCGAGAGCUUCGUCUUACCGACCACGCGGUAUGGCUGUCUACAGGGCGACGGAGAAGGAUUGUCUGAGCGAGGACGGGACGGCGCAGGAGUGUGUGAUUUGCUUCGAGGAGUUCCAGCCGGGGGACGAGAUGGGGCGGAUGGAGUGUUUGUGUAAGUUCCAUCGGGGGUGUAUUAGGCGGUGGUGGGAGAUGAGGGGUGGGGGGAGUUGUCCUACUCAUGUUCUGCAGGAGGAGUGA